AUGAGCUUGAAUGGAUGCAAUGUUUUCAUCAAGGAUGCCGAAGAAAAACAAGUUGAAGAUGCUAUGAUUCGCAAGUGGGUUUCUGAUAUCAGAGACAUUGCUUAUGAUACUGAGGAUGUCUUGGAUAAUUUCAUGCUCAAAAUCGAUCACGGAAAGACUCCGAGCAAGAUGAAAGAUCUGUAUGGCAUAGGCAAGGAGAUUGAAUCAGUUCAGAAAGGAUCAUCGAUCUAUCUCGUAAACGGGAAUUGUAUCGCCUUGAGGAUAUUGGUAAUAGGAGGGAAGGAAAGAGCAAUAAUCUUGAGAGGAGUUAUAAUCACUACUCGCAUCAAAGAAGUAGCUGAGCGUUCGGAUGAGAGAAAUCAUGUUCAAAAACUUCGUUUUCUUAGGCCUGAUGAGUCUUGGAACUUAUUCUGUGAGAAAUCUUUUCGAAAAUCAAAUGCAAACGAAGAAUUGGAAAAGCUGGGAAGAGAAAUGGUUGAAAAAUGCGGCGGUCUGCCACUUGCAUAA